GCACCGCCACCCCGUGCUGUGCGGCCAGCUCGGCAGCCACGCCAUGGCCUCAGUGAGUGUUGAGGACGUGGCUGUGCACUUCACCCAGGAAGAGUGGGCUUUGCUGGAUCCUUCCCAGAAGAGUCUGUACAGAGAUGUGAUGCUGGAGACCUGCAGGAACCUCGCUGCCAUAGGAUACAAAUGGAAAGACCAGAACAUUGACGACCAUCAUAAAAAUCCUGGGAGAACUCUAAGAAGUUACAUGUUACAGACAUUCUGUGAGAAUGAAGGUGGUGACCAAGAUAGAGAAGAAUUGACUUGGAAACUGAAUCUCAGUAUGAGCAUGAAAAGUUCCCCUGGACUAAUACCAUGUGAAAACAGCGUAUGGGGAAAGACAGCCUGGAAUCAUUUGCCCGCUAGUAGACAUGCCACAUCUCACACUCAGUAUAAUCCACAUGAGCAUGAGAGAUAUGUGACCAAGCAAUGUAACUCUGACUCUCUAAUAAGCUUCCAAAGGUGUAUGAGAACUCACACUGUGGAUGGUCCGUGUGAGUGUGAGAUAUGUUUAAAAUAUUUUGGUUUUCCAAAUACACAGGAUCAGGAAACUGAUAGUGGAAAAAAUCCAUGUCAAUACAAGGGAUAUGGAAAGACCUCUGUUAAUAUUAGUUCAUCAUGUACACAUGGAGGAACUCAUGCUGUAGGGAAAUGUUAUGAGUGUCAUCAAUGUGGUAAAGCUCUGAGCUCUUACAGUUCACUUAGAAGACAUGAAAGAAUUCAUACUGAGAAGAAACCCUAUAAAUGCAAACAGUGUGGGAAAGCCUUUAGAUACCACAGUUACCUUCACUUACAUGAAAGAAUUCACACUGGUGAGAGACCCUAUGAAUGUAAACAGUGUGGGAAAGCUUUUAUAUUUCCUGGUGCCUUGCAGGUACAUGAAAAAAUUCAUACUGGAGAAAAACAUCAUGAAUGUAAACAAUGUGGUAAAGCCUUUAGACGUCAUAGUGAUCUUCAAGUACAUGAAAAAAUUCAUACUGGAGAAAAACCUUAUGUAUGCAAACAAUGUGGUAGAGCUUUCAGACUUAACAGUCAUCGGCAAAGACAUGAACAAACUCAUACUGAAGACAGACCCUUUAUGUGCAAGCAGUGUGGCCGAUCUUUUGAACAUUACAAUAAUCUUGAGUUACAUGAAAAAAUUCAUACAGGAGACAGACCCUUUGUAUGUAUAGAAUGUGGCAAAGCUUUUGGAUGUUACAGUAAUCUACAAUUACAUGAAAAAAUUCAUACUGGAGACAGACCCUUUGAAUGUAAAGAAUGUGGUAAAGCCUUUAUAUGCCAUGGCCAUCUUCAGAGGCAUGAAACAACCCAUACUGGAGAAAAACCCUAUGGAUGUAAACAGUGUGGGAAAGCCUUCAGUCGUAACAGUCAUCUUCAGAGACAUCAAAGAACUCACAAGCAGAUGUCUACAUGCCCCAGAAAGUAAUGACCCCACCAAAGUCCAACUAGGCAAACAGUUAGUUGUGUUGGGAUGACUUCUAGGAACACGGACAACUCAUGGACAGCUGUAUCUUCAUCAUGCUACUCCAGCCGAGUCCUCAAAGGAGCUGUGCUCUGGAGAUCUCUGCAGAGCUUGCAGGCAGCUCAGCUGACCGGGGAGAAGCCUCUUCUCAGCAGGUGCUUACUGCUUUUGUAACCUUGGAGAAAGGCCUUGUCCAUCUAUUUUAAGGCUUUGUUUUCUGCAAUUUGUUACUUGUUUACUUACCAAGUCUCCAGCCUCCCUCUUUCUUUCUUUCUUUCUUUCUUUCUUUCUUUCUUUCUUUUUCUU